AUGGGUAGUAUCACAGCAAAUCCUUUUCAAGAUGUCCCAGCGGGCCGAACAGAGAGCCUCGAGGUUCUCAUCACACAGUUCCGAGCGGAUACCGACCCCAACAGAACUGAUCUCCUAGUGGGCGUAUAUAAAACUGAGGAAGGGAAAGCGAUAGUUACAGCGCAGACCCUUGGCGCAAGUGGCGGAUGUCAUGUCGGCGCAGUUAUGUUGAAAAAUCAUUAUGGACCGUGGAAGGAGAACGGGAACCCAGAGAUUUUCCUUCCCACCGAGUCUUGGUUGAAUCACCCUUUCUUAUUCGAGUCUGCGGGAAUUAAGCCCAGUUUUCUGCCAUAUUAUAGCAGCAAGACAAACGCAUUCGACUUUGUGGGCUUUUCAAAGGCCAUCAAGUCGCUACCAGCUCAGUCCGUUAUUCUUCUCCAGUCUGGAGCCCAGAAUCCAACUGGAUGUGAUCCAUCACCGGACCAGUGGCGAGAACUAGCCUCGAUCUUCUCCCAGCGCAGUCAUUUGGCAUUCUUCGAUGCUGCAUAUCCCGGCUUUGCCUCGGGAGAAAUUGACGCGGACCUUGCGGGGGUUCGUUUGUUUGCGGAACAAGAAAUCCCGCUUGUUUUUGUCUCAACAUACGGGAAAUCCUUUGGGCUUUACAGCGAACGUGUUGGAAUUGUUUCUAUUCUUGCGCCGAGCGAGGAAGUGGGAAAGAGAAUAGAAAGACAUUUGAGCCUACUCGCACGAGCAGAGUGUGGAGCGCCGCCCGAUUUCGGGUCCAGGAUUAUUGAAACGAUUCUAUCAGAUGAUAUCUUGGAGCGCCAAUGGCGGCAGGAAUUGCGUCAUAUGGCGAACCAACUCAUGAGCCGUCGAAUUGCGCUUAGGGAAGCAUUGGAGAAAUUGGAAACACCGGGUGACUGGCGACAUAUCACUGACCAGAGCGGAAUGUUUUCAUAUGUUGGACUGUCCGUGGAACAAGUCACUCUCCUCCGAAAGAAACAUCAUGUUUAUCUUCAGGACACUGGGAGAAUAUCUAUUGCUGGGCUCAACAAUUCCAAUAUCGACUACACUGCUCGCAGUAUCAGCGCUGUUGUCAAAGCUACAGCACCCAAAUGA